AUGCUUUUAAAUUUUCAUAACUACAAAGUGAAAGCUCUAACAGAAAAAGAAAAGGGAGCAGAUGUUGUUACUUUAUUUUUCAUGUAUGGUACGCUUUUUGAAUGGGAAAUAACUAAGAACUAAGCAAUAAAAAUGAAGCAGAGGAUCGUGAAAUUUUUCAAUAGCAAUCUCAUGAAAGAAAUAUGCUUAAGGUUAUAUGAGUAUUUAAAGAAUGAUGUGAUUUGCUAAUUGAAUAAGAUGAGGAAUGAAUAAAUUAGGGUUCAAGGAAAAUAUAGAUAGUAUAAUUUGUUAUAUUUAUGUAAGGCAACUUGACGAAUUCAUUUAAAAGUGA